UGCACUUUCUUUUCUUGCUACAUUCUUGCUCUGCUGCUUGGAGUGAACUGAAAGCAAACAUGAAUAAAGCAGAGUUUCGUUUCUCCCCCAUCUGACCCAUCUCUCUGUUUUACGUCUGUUGUGGACGUUCCCAGCCAGAGGGGCAGCUGAACCAAGUGCACUCCUGUGCUCUUCUGUACAAGCAGUUGAUGUCAACGUAACCAACAAUAACAAAUCUGAAAUACUAGUGAACAGCUUAAAUCGUUCCUCUCCUCUGUCAUUCACUUUCGCCAUGAAUACUUUGAAUACGGGAGCUAGGAUAUCAGGCUGCUGGACUGUUAGAGGCAGCAGUGAGGGCGGGGAGGGCUCCCUAGACAGACUCCUUCCCUCUGUCUGCCCUGGCGUGUCGCCACGGAAACGGACUACUAGCCAAUGCAAGUCAGAACCGCCCCUGCUGAGGACUUCCAAACGGACCAUCUACACAGCCGGCCGGCCACCCUGGUACAACGAGCAUGGAACCCAGUCCAAAGAGGCCUUUGUCAUCGGUUUGUGUGGAGGCAGUGCCUCUGGGAAGACCACUGCUGCCAGGAAGAUCAUAGAGGCAUUGGAUGUCCCUUGGGUGGUGCUCCUCUCCAUGGACUCUUUCUAUAAGGUUCUGACGCCUGAGCAGCAGGUGGCAGCGGCCAGUAAUGACUACAACUUUGACCACCCAGAUGCCUUCGACUUUGGACUGCUGGCACACAUCCUACAGAAACUUAAACUUGGCAAGAGUGUCAAAAUCCCUGUUUAUGACUUUACCACACAUGGACGCCAGAAGGAAUGGAAAAUAGUGUAUGGAGCCAGUGUCAUUAUCUUUGAGGGAAUCAUGGCCUUUGCAGAUAAAGAGCUGUUACAGCUGCUGGACAUGAAGGUCUUUGUGGAUACAGACUCAGACAUCCGGCUGGUGCGUCGGCUCCGCAGGGACAUCACAGAGCGAGGCCGGGACAUUGAGGGCGUCAUCAAACAGUACAAUAAAUUUGUUAAGCCUGCCUUUGAGCAGUACAUCGAGCCCACCAUGCGACUGGCCGACAUAGUGGUACCGCGCGGAGGCUACAACACGGUGGCCAUCGACCUGAUCGUACAGCACGUCCAUAGCCAGUUAGAGGAGAGGAAACUGCGCUGGGAUAUGGCAGCCCUUGCCACCGCCCACCAGGCCCAGCCCCUCCCCCAGACCUUGAGUGUUCUGGAGAGUACUCCCCAGGUCCGGGGCAUGCAUACCAUCAUCAGAAAUAAGGAGACCAGCCGGGAUGAGUUCAUCUUCUACUCCAAGAGACUGAUGCGUCUGCUGAUUGAACGAGCACUCUCCUACCUCCCCUCACAGAGCCAUGUCGUUCAGACACCACAAGGAGAAGACUACGAAGGCAGAACUUUCCACGGAAAGAGGAUCACAGGCGUUUCCAUCCUACGAGCCGGUGAGACCAUGGAGCCAGCGCUCCGAGCGGUGUGCAAAGAUGUCCGCAUCGGGAAGAUCCUCAUCCAGACCAACCAGGACACGGGAGAACCGGAGCUGCACUACCUGCGUCUGCCGAAGGACAUCGGGGAGGACCACGUGAUUCUGAUGGACUGCACCGUGUCCACCGGGGCAGCUGCCAUGAUGGCUGUACGAGUCCUCCUGGAUCAUGACGUCCAGGAGGAGAAGAUACUGCUGGUGUCGCUGCUGAUGGCCGAGAUGGGCGUUCAUUCGGUGGCGUAUGCUUUCCCUCAGGUCAAAAUCAUCACCACCGCCGUUGACAAGAAGGUCAACGAUCUCUUUCACAUUAUCCCCGGCAUAGGAAAUUUCGGUGACCGGUACUUUGGUACGGACGCACCCCCAGACUGGAGCGAUGAUGAGAUGGACGAGCCCAGUUACUGAACAGACCUAUUUGAUGGGGACAUCUGAAUCAUUGACAGGUGUGCUCUUUGGAGGAUGAUUCAAGAAUGUGCUCUUCACCCGACUGGUCAACUUGCCUGCAACCCCUUAUUUUGAGGUGCAAAGAGGACAGACAGCCUUAAAGAGCUCCUUGAAUUUCACUGAGCAAGAGAGUGAGUUGAAGAUAAACAAAGAACAUUAUAUUUGUACAUUUGUUUUAUAUGUCUCCAUUUUAUGCCAAAGCAGUUGUGGACAGUUUUAAUAUAAAAUGUAUUUUUUUAUAUUGCGGUUGUUGAUCUGAUCAAAUGUGCUGUUUUUAUUUGGGGGCAGUUGAGCAAACCAGUGGUUUUAAAGAACAUGCAUACCUAGCCUUAAUCGUUUUAACCUGUUGGCAGCGCCACUAAAGGUGAAUUUGAAGUGAAUCGCUUAAUUAACCUUUCAGAAAGCCACUUGAAAAACAAAAAGCUAUAGUUUUCAUUCUCUCGGUUGGUAAAAAAUGCUUUCUAUCAUGGACCACUCCUAGAAAACUGUGUAGGUGUAACUUAGUUAAAAAAAAAAAAAAAACAGUUUGCCCCACCUGUUCUGACCACACCACAGUGUUGCAGAAUUGUAAAGACUUGUCCUUUCUUCACAACGAUGCCUUUAUGUACUGGGGACAUGCAAAACCGUUACCAGCUUAUUCUUACCAAGACUAGCAGAGUAUAUUUGCUGCUCAGUAGAUAGUAAUCUUCAUAAACACUGCUUCUAACAAAAACACCAAAAACCAGUACUAACUAUUUCUGUUCAAUAUAUGAGCACAUGCUGUCUAGCCCGUAGACUCGAACAACACUUACAGUUUGUUUGUUUGUUUGUUUUUACUAAGGGAGAAAGUAAAUUUUUUAUAAUGCUUGACAGAAGUGAUUGUAUGGCCUAAAUUGGGGAUAUUUAACAGCAGUGUAGAGAGAGCCUUGACUAAGAAUGUUAGCUUUAGUGUUCUGAGGUCCUGUUUGUUGUCUGUAUUGUCAGCUGAUUUUAAUCUUUGGUUGUUUUUUAAAUAAAUUAUUGUAUAUCAGUCCCAUGACUUCAGCUGGAUGGACAACUGUCAGUUGUUUACUGUUCAAAGCUUUGAUUUAAAGUAUAUUAGUAUUCUCUCAACAGUUAUUUUCUGAGACAUUAAAAAUACUAUUUAAUCAGU